UAUCAAACGGUGUAGCCGUUGCAGCUCUCUCUCUCUCUCUCUCUCUCUCUCUCUGCGUUUUGUGGUUUCAGCUACGCGCAUUCUCUCUCUCUCUCUCUACACUCACACCAUAGUCUUCUCUUUCUAUGGGGCUUUCUCACUCCUUUUAAAACCCUAAUCAAUUCCACAUCAAACUCGUAAAUUUCUCCAAUUUUUCAUUUGAAUUUCGAAAAUUAAACAUUAUCAAUUCACACUCCCGAAACCCUAACCGCUUUCUCAUGAUCCACCCCUAAAUUAUUAUUUUUCGUAGCUGUAAUUGACAAUUCAAUUGGUUUCGUUGAACAAAUAUUUGCGGCAAAUAAUGGCAGAAUUAGAUCCGUCGAAGAAAGUAGCUGAUAGGUAUCUCAAACGUGAGGUUCUUGGUGAAGGUACCUAUGGUGUCGUUUACAAAGCCAUUGAUACUCAGACAGGACAGACGGUUGCUAUUAAGAAGAUUCGGAUUGGCAAGCAAAAAGAAGGAGUGAAUUUUACAGCUCUUAGAGAAAUUAAAUUGCUUAAAGAGCUCAACGAUCCAAAUAUUAUUGAGUUGAUUGAUGCAUUCCCACAUAAAGGGAAUUUGCAUCUUGUGUUUGAAUUCAUGGAGACAGACCUUGAAGCUGUCAUAAGAGACCGGAAUAUUUUCCUUUCACCGGGUGAUAUAAAAUCUUACCUUCAAAUGACGCUAAAAGGGCUUGCUCAUUGUCACAAAAGAUGGAUAUUGCAUAGGGAUAUGAAACCAAAUAAUUUGUUGAUAGGACCCAAUGGACAGCUGAAACUUGCAGAUUUUGGCUUAGCACGGAUAUUUGGAAGUCCGGAUCGCAGGUUCACCCAUCAGGUGUUUGCGCGGUGGUAUAGAGCACCUGAGCUAUUAUUUGGUACCAAGCAAUAUGGCCCAGGGGUAGAUGUUUGGGCUGCAGCCUGUAUAUUUGCUGAGCUUCUUCUUCGCCGACCUUUUUUGCAGGGCUCAAGUGAUAUUGAUCAAUUAGGGAAGAUAUUCGCGGCAUUUGGAACUCCAUCUUCUUCUCAAUGGCCUGAUAUGGUAUACCUUCCUGAUUAUGUUGAAUAUCAAUACGUACCUUCCCCUCCUUUGCGGUCCCUAUUUCCAAUGGCAAGUGAUGAUGCUUUAGACUUGUUGUCUAAGAUGUUUACAUAUGACCCAAAAGAGAGAAUUUCAGUGCAGCAGGCAUUAGAACAUAGAUACUUUUCUUGUCCUCCUCUGUGCACAAUUCCGGAUAAGCUUCCAAGGCCACCCCCUAAGAAGGAAACUAAGGCAUCGGAUUUGAAUCCAAAUGAGGGUCCAAUUGUCUUAUCACCUCCUAGAAAGACUAGGAGAGUAAUGCCAGGGCGCGAUGGACUUGAAGGCAAUUCAUUGCAAGGAGAUAAGAUUGAUGAUAAUCAUAGUAACUUCAAACAGUCAAUUGAUGAUACUACAGGGAAGAAUGACCCUGCCCCAAUGUCACUAGAUUUUUCUGUCUUUGGAUUAAAACCUCCAAAUAGACCAACAAUUAACAGUGCUGACAAAACACAUUUAAAAAGAAAAUUAGAUUUAGAAUUCCAGUAACCAGAACAAAUAUCCUAUGACCGGUGCAUCAGUACAAGCAAGGCAUUUGAUGCAUCUUUUCCAUCUGCAUGAAAGGUACUAUGAAUGUGUAGAUGUUUAAAGGAAGAAGUUGCAGUACAAGCUGAUAAAUAUCUCACUUCAAUAAUAGUUCAGAGACCAAAAGUAACUGUUAUAGAAGAAAAAGUUACAUUAACCAUACUCUCUGGACCCCCUUUGUUCUUAAUUUGUGUUCUUCAUGUACAAAAAACUUGUACAAGUCCACGGAAGAGAAGGUCUUGAGUGCGGGCAUUUUCCGUAGCCCUUGCUGUAUCUGACUCUUGAAAAAAGCAAUGUUUGGGGAAACUGAUUUUUGACAUCAAUUUGUUAUUGAACAUAAGAGAAAUUAUUAUUUGUUACACUUUUGAGGGCAACAUAUGUAUUUUCUUGGAUGCUUCAGACAGGUUUGUUUACUGAACAAAAUAUUUUCGAAGUGAUGAUAUUAGUUGAUUGCAUGCAUUUCUGAGUA